CGCACAUCCUGGCUUGGGCGCAAGCAACAGCGCGAGCGCGGUGGUCGAGGACUGACUGUUACGAGUCGGCAGCGUACGCACAUGAAAUUAGAGUGAUCCACAGAUCUACAGACUGGUGCCCAGUCUGCCCUUGCUGUCACCAUGGCGUUUGUACCCGCGCCCAGCCCUACUGUGGUCGACCAGACCACGCUCAUGAAAAAGUACCUGCAGUUUGUGGCAGCACUCACAGAUACCAACACACCUGAUGAAACUAAGCUGAAGAUGAUGCAGGAGGUCAGCGAGAACUUUGAGAAUGUAACAUCUUCACCUCAGUACUCUACGUUUUUGGAACACAUCAUUCCUCGCUUCCUUACGUUUCUUCAGGAUGGGGAAGUGCAGUUUCUUCAAGAAAAACCUACACAGCAAUUGAGAAAGUUAGUGCUGGAAAUCAUUCACCGCAUCCCAGCAAAUGAGCACCUUCGUCCUCACACUAAGAACAUCUUGUCUGUGAUGUUUCGCUUCCUAGAGAUCGAAAGUGAAGAAAAUGUGUUGAUUUGCCUACGCAUCAUAAUUGAACUGCACAAGCAGUUCCGCCCUCCAAUCUCUCAAGAGAUUCAUCACUUUCUGGAUUUUGUGAAGCAGAUCUACAAAGAUCUUCCAAAAGUUGUUGCCAGGUACUUUGAGAAUCCACAAGUGAUAGCAGAAAACACUGUUCCCUCCCCAGACAUGGUGGGGAUGAUCACUUCUGUGUUGGUUAAAACUGCACCAGAGAGGGAAGACAGUGAAACACGAACACACACCAUCAUCCCUCGGGGGUCCUUGUCUCUCAAGGUGCUGGCAGAGCUGCCCAUUAUAGUGGUACUCAUGUAUCAACUGUACAAACUGAAUAUUCACAAUGUGGUGUCAGAGUUUGUACCCCUCAUCAUGAACACCAUCAUGCUCCAGGUGUCUCCACAGGCCAGGCAACACAAACUUUAUAACAAGGAGCUUUAUGCAGACUUCAUUGCUGCCCAAAUCAAGACACUAUCAUUUCUGGCUUACAUCAUCCGAAUCUACCAGGACCUAGUAGGGAAGUACUCUCAGCAGAUGGUGAAGGGCAUGCUGCAGCUGCUGUCCAACUGCCCACCUGAGACUGCUCACCUCCGCAAGGAGCUGCUCAUUGCAGCAAAGCACAUUCUCACAACUGACCUACGCAGCCAGUUUAUCCCUUGUAUGGACAAACUUUUUGAUGAAUCCAUCUUGAUUGGCUCUGGUUACACUGCUCGAGAGACUCUUAGACCCUUGGCUUACAGCACACUAGCAGACCUGGUGCACCAUGUUCGUCAGAACUUGCCUCUGACUGAUUUAUCUCUAGCCGUGCAGCUCUUUGCAAAGAACAUUGAUGAUGAGUCACUUCCCAGCAACAUCCAGACCAUGUCCUGCAAGCUGCUUCUCAACCUGGUGGACUGUAUCCGCUCAAAAUCAGAGCAGGAAAACGGCAAUGGACGAGACAUAUUGAUGAGGAUGCUGGAGGUGUUUGUGUUGAAGUUUCACACCAUUGCCCGCUACCAACUUGUAUCCAUUUUCAAGAAAUGCAAACCUCAGUCUGAGUUGGGUGUGGUUGAUUCAACGGCGUUACCUGGGGUACCAGCUACACCCACACCUUCAACCACUCCUGCCAUUCCACUACCAGCUCCUCCGACACCUGUUGCUGCUGCACCUCCUCCACCAGCAACACCUUUUGACAGACCUGGAGAGAAAGAAGACAAACAGACAUUUCAAGUGUCAGACUGUCGCAGUUUAGUCAAGACGUUGGUAUGUGGAGUGAAGACGAUUACUUGGGGCAUUACCUCUUGCAAGGCUCCUGGAGAGGCCCAAUUUAUUCCUAACAAGCAGCUCCAGCCAAAGGAGACUCAAAUCUACAUUAAACUUGUCAAGUAUGCCAUGCAGGCCUUGGACAUCUACCAGGUGCAGGUUGCCAAUAAUCAGCAAACGUACAUCAGAGUGGCCAACUGCCAGACUGUUCGCAUGAAGGAGGAAAAAGAGGUUCUGGAGCACUUUGCUGGAGUCUUUACCAUGAUGAACCCCCUCACAUUCAAAGAGAUUUUUCAGACCACUGUGCCAUACAUGGUGGAAAGGAUUUCCAAGAACUAUGCAUUGCAGAUUGUGGCAAAUUCCUUCCUGGCCAACCUCUCAACAUCUGCUCUAUUUGCAACCAUCCUAGUCGAAUAUCUUCUUGAACGGCUGCCAGAGAUGGGCUCCAAUGUUGAGCUCUCAAACCUCUACCUCAAGCUUUUUAAGCUAGUCUUUGGCUCAGUAUCAUUAUUCGCUGCUGAGAAUGAGCAGAUGCUCAAGCCGCAUCUCCACAAAAUAGUGAACAGCUCUAUGGAGCUGGCCCAAUCUGCUAAGGAACCCUACAACUAUUUCCUGCUUCUCCGUGCUCUCUUCCGCUCAAUUGGAGGAGGAAGCCAUGAUCUCCUUUACCAGGAGUUCCUACCCCUCCUACCCAACCUGCUGCAAGGUCUGAACAUGUUGCAGAGUGGUCUUCACAAGCAGCACAUGAAGGACCUAUUUGUGGAAUUGUGUCUGACAGUGCCAGUGCGUCUGAGCUCCUUGCUGCCUUACUUACCCAUGCUAAUGGAUCCACUGGUGUCUGCGCUCAAUGGUUCUCAGACUCUAGUCAGCCAGGGCCUUCGAACUCUGGAGCUGUGUGUGGACAACCUACAACCUGACUUCCUCUAUGACCAUAUCCAGCCUGUUAGGGCUGAGCUCAUGCAGGCCUUAUGGCGCACGCUCCGUAACCCAGCUGAAAGCAUCUCUCAUGUAGCCUACCGGGUGCUGGGAAAGUUUGGAGGCAGCAACAGAAAGAUGUUGAAAGAGUCUCAAAGACUACAUUAUGUGGUGACUGAGGUCCAGGGGCCUAGCAUCAAAGUUGAAUUCACUGACUGCAAAGCAUCCAUACAGCUACCCAUGGAGAAGGCAAUAGAAACCGCUCUUGACUGCCUGAAGAGUGCCAACACAGAACCGUACUACAGACGCCAGGCCUGGGAGGUCAUUAAAUGUUUCCUGGUUGCCAUGACAAGUUUGGAUGACAAUAAACAUGCUCUGUACCAGCUUCUGUCUCAUCCCAACUUUACUGAAAAGUGGAUUCCCAAUGUCAUCAUCUCACAUCGCUACAAGGCACAAGACACACCGGCCCGCAGAACCUUUGAACAGGCCCUAACUGGGGCGUUCAUGUCUGCUGUCAUAAAGGACCUGAGGCCCAGCGCGCUGCCCUUUGUAGCCAGUCUGAUUCGCCACUAUACAAUGGUCGCUGUGGCUCAGCAGUGUGGCCCUUUCCUGCUGCCAUCCUAUCAGCUUGGUAGUCAACCAAGCACAGCCAUGUUCCACAGUGAAGAGAACGGAUCAAAGGGCAUGGAUCCACUGGUCCUCAUUGAUGCCAUAGCUAUCUGCAUGGCCUACGAGGAGAAGGAGCUUUGUAAGAUUGGAGAAGUGGCUUUGGCUGUCAUUUUUGACGUGGCCAGCAUCAUCCUUGGCUCCAAAGAGAGGGCUUGCCAGCUGCCCCUGUUCUCCUACAUAGUUGAGCGUCUGUGUGCGUGCUGCUACGAGCAGGCGUGGUACGCCAAGCUUGGUGGUGUGGUGUCCAUUAAAUUUCUGAUGGAGAGACUGCCCCUGAUCUGGGUGCUACAGAAUCAGCUUACUUUUCUUAAAGCUUUGCUUUUUGUCAUGAUGGACCUCACAGGAGAGGUGUCAAAUGGGGCAGUGGCCAUGGCAAAGACUACCUUAGAGCAGUUGCUGGUGCGCUGUGCCACCCCACUGAAAGAUGAAGAAAAGACUGAAGAGCUGCUGGCUGCUCAGGACAAAUCUUUUCACAUGGUUACCCAUGACUUAGUCCGAGAAGUCACCUCCCCUAACUCCACCGUCAGAAAGCAGGCUAUGCACUCCCUGCAGGUGCUUGCCCAAGUCACCGGCAAGAGUGUUACGGUCAUAAUGGAGCCACACAAAGAGGUUUUGCAAGAUAUGGUUCCUCCCAAGAAACACCUGCUGCGCCAUCAGCCUGCCAAUGCGCAAAUUGGCCUAAUGGAGGGGAACACCUUCUGCACCACCCUGCAGCCCCGUCUCUUCACAAUGGACCUCAAUGUCAUGGAGCAUAAGGUCUUCUACACAGAGCUGUUAAACCUAUGUGAGGCAGAAGAUGCUGCUCUAAAGAAGCUCCCUUGUUACAAGAGCCUUCCUUCUCUGGUCCCUCUGCGGAUUGCUGCCCUCAAUGCUUUGGCAGCCUGUAACUACCUUCCACAGUCCAGGGAGAAGAUCAUUGCUGCUUUGUUCAAAGCACUCAACUCCACCAACAAUGAAUUGCAAGAAGCAGGCGAGGCAUGCAUGAGAAAGUUCCUAGAGGGUGCCACUAUUGAGGUGGACCAGAUUCACACUCAUAUGCGGCCGUUGUUGAUGAUGCUAGGCGACUACCGCAGCCUGACACUUAACGUUGUGAACCGCUUGACCUCCGUCACUCGUCUUUUCCCCAACUCCUUCAACGACAAAUUCUGCGAUCAGAUGAUGCAACAUCUGCGAAAAUGGAUGGAAGUUGUCGUAAUAACACACAAAGGAGGCCAGCGGAGCGAUGGCAGCGAGAUGAAGAUAUGUUCUGCCAUCAUUAACCUUUUCCACCUAAUCCCGGCUGCACCUCAAACUCUUGUCAAACCUCUUCUGGAGGUGGUCAUGAAGACGGAAAGAGCAAUGCUCAUUGAGGCUGGCAGUCCAUUCAGGGAGCCUUUGAUCAAGUUCCUGACACGUCACCCAUCUCAGACAGUGGAGCUGUUCAUGAUGGAGGCUACACUGAACGACCCCCAAUGGAGUCGAAUGUUCAUGAGUUUUCUAAAGCACAAAGAUGCCAAGCCACUCCGAGACGUAUUGGCCUCAAAUCCCAAUCGCUUUGUUCCCCUGCUUGUUCCUGCUGGCACUGCAGCAACUGUUCGACCUGGAUCUCCUUCCACCACCACAGCCAGACUGGACCUGCAGUUUCAAGCCAUCAAAAUUAUUAGCAUCAUAGUGAAGAACGAUGAGGGUUGGCUAGCAGGGCAGCACUCCCUAGUCAGCCAGCUUAGACGAGUUUGGGUCAGUGAGGCGUUCCAGGAAAGACAUCGCAAAGACAACAUGGCUGCCACCAACUGGAAGGAGCCCAAACUGCUGGCCUAUUGCUUGCUGAGUUACUGCAAGCGUAACUACUCUGAGAUCGAGCUGUUGUUCCAGCUUCUACGUGCUUUUACGGGUCGCUUCCUUUGCAACAUGACCUUUUUGAAGGAGUAUAUGGAAGAAGAUAUUCCAAGGAAUUACUCCAUUCCCCAAAAGCGUGCCCUGUUCUUCCGCUUUGUUGAGUUCAAUGACCCCCACUUUAAUGAUGAGCUGAAAGCAAAGGUACUGCAGCACAUCUUGAACCCUGCCUUCUUGUACAGCUUUGAGAAAGGAGAAGGUGAGCAGCUGCUUGGACCACCCAACCCUGAAGGAGACAAUCCUGAGAGCAUUACCAGUGUCUUCAUCACCAAGGUUCUGGACCCAGAGAAGCAGGCUGACCUGCUGGACUCGCUGCGGAUCUGCCUUCUACAGUUCUCCACCCUUUUGGUGGAGCAUGCACCACACCAUAUUCAUGACAACAAUAAGUCACGCAACAGCAAACUGCGUCGCCUCAUGACCUUCGCGUGGCCAUGCCUUUUACCUAAAGCCUGCGUAGACCCUGCCUGUAAAUACAGUGGCCACUUACUUCUGGCCCACAUCAUUGCAAAGUUUGCCAUUCACAAGAAGAUCGUUCUGCAGGUCUUCCACAGCUUGUUGAAGGCCCACACAAUGGAGGCUAGGGCCAUUGUUCGGCAGGCCAUGGCCAUCCUGACCCCAGCUGUGCCUGCCCGUAUGGAGGAUGGCCACCAGAUGUUGACCCACUGGACUCGUAAAAUCAUUGUGGAGGAAGGACACACUGUACCGCAGCUGGUUCACAUACUGCAUCUUAUUGUGCAGCAUUUCAGGGUGUACUACCCUGUUCGCCACCACCUGGUGCAGCACAUGAUAAGUGCAAUGCAGCGUCUGGGCUUCACCCCCAGUGUAACCAUUGAACAAAGGAAGCUGGCUGUGGACCUGGCUGAGGUGGUCAUUAAAUGGGAGUUACAGAGGAUUAAAGACCAGCAGCCCGAGUCAGAGGCAGAAGUUGUGACUGGUGAAGGAACUAGUGGGGGCGCUGUGAAAAGAGGAUUGUCUCUUGAGGCUGCCGGUGCUGGACAAGAUGUCAAGAGAUUCCGUACCGCAGCAACCACUGGUUCUGCGGUGUUUGGACGCAGCCAGUCCAUGCCUGGAACAGAGACUAUGCUCACCAAGCCUGUUGAGAAACAACAUACUGAUACGGUCGUCAACUUCCUCAUUAGGAUUGCUUGCCAGGUGAAUGACAUCACCAGUGUGCCAGGGUCUCCGGGCGAGUUGCUGUCCCGGCGCUGCGUUAGCCUGAUGAAGACUGCCCUCAGGCCUGACAUGUGGCCUCGCGCUGAGCUCAAGCUACAGUGGUUUGACAAGCUGCUAAUGACAGUGGAACAGCCAGCUCAAGCCAACAUCUCCAACAUCUGCACGGGACUGGAGAUUCUCUGCUUCCUGUUGACAGUACUGCAGUCCCCAGCCAUCCUGGCCCACUUCAAGCCCCUUCAGCGGGGCAUCGCUGCAUGCAUGACCUGUGGCAAUACAAAAGUUCUGCGGGCUGUCCAUUCCCUCCUCUCUCGCCUCAUGAGCAUCUUCCCUACUGAGCCAAGCACAUCAAACGUUGCAUCCAAAUAUGAAGAACUGGAAUGUUUGUAUGCUGCAGUGGGCAAAGUUAUCUAUGAGGGACUUACCAACUAUGAAAAAGCCACAAGCAACACUAACCCCACACAACUUUUCGGUACAUUGAUGAUCCUCAAGUCAGCCUGCAGCUAUAAUGCCAGCUACAUUGACCGCCUCAUCUCUGUGUUCAUGCGUUCACUACAAAAGAUGAUGCGGGAGCAUCUGGGCCCCCAGCAAGCUAAUCCAGGGGUCACUGAAACCAGCACUGUGACCAGUGAGCUGUUAAUGCUGAGUCUUGACUUGGUGAAGACUCGAUUGUCUGUUAUGAGCUCAGAGAUGAGGAAGACCUUUAUCCAGGUCAUUCUUGCAUCUCUAAUUGAGAAGUCCCCUGACCCCAAAAUCCUCCGUGCCAUUGUCAAGAUUGUGGAAGAGUGGGUGAAGAAUAACUCUCCAAUGGCAGCCAACCAGAUGCCAAACCUACGUGAGAAGUCCAUCUUGCUGGUGAAGAUGAUGAACUACAUAGAGAAACGUUUUCCUGAUGAACUUGAGUUAAAUGCCCAGUUCUUGGACCUCGUUAAUUAUGUCUACAGGGAUGAGAGUCUUUCAGGAAGUGACAUCACAUCCAAGCUGGAGCCAGCCUUCCUAUCAGGGCUUCGUUGCACUCAGCCAUUAAUCAGGGCCAAGUUUUUUGAAGUGUUUGAUGCCUCCAUGAAACGGCGUGUCUACGAGAGGCUACUCUACAUCUGCUGUUCCCAGAACUGGGAGGCGAUGGGUAGCCACUUUUGGAUUAAACAGUGCAUUGAGUUGUUGCUGGCAGUGUGCGAACGAAACACCAUCAUCGGCACCAGCUGCCAGGGAUCCAUGUUGCCUUCUAUCACCAACGUCAUCAACCUGGCUGACAGCCAUGACCGGGCCGCCUUUGCCAUGGCAACACAUGUCAAGCAGGAGCCGCGCGAAAGGGAAAACAGUGAGACCAAGGAAGAGGAUGUGGAAAUUGACAUAGAAUUGGCACCAGGUGACCAGACAGCCAUUCCCAAGACUAAGGAACAGGCUGAGAGAGACACGGGCAACCAGCUGCACAUGCUUACCAACCGCCAUGACAAGUUUCUAGAUUCAUUACGGGAAGUCAAGACGGGGGCUCUUCUGAAUGCCCUGGUCCAGCUUUGUCACAUCUCUACACCUCUGGCUGAAAAGAGCUGGGUCCAGCUUUUCCCUCGUCUCUGGAAGAUUCUUUCUGACAGGCAGCAGCAUGCCUUGUCUGGUGAAAUGAGUCCUUUCCUGUGCAGCGGUAGUCACCAGGCCCAAAGGGACUGCCAGCCCAGUGCCCUGAACUGCUUUGUGGAAGCCAUGUCCCAGUGUGUGCCUCCUAUUCCCAUCCGCCCAUGUGUUCUCAAGUACUUGGGCAAGACGCACAACCUCUGGCUGCGUUCCACUCUCAUGCUGGAACAGCAGGCCUUUGAAAAGGGUUUGAGCCUGCACAGUAAACCCAAGCAGAGCACUGAGUUUUACGAACAGGAGAGCAUCACACCACCUCAGCAGGAGAUUUUGGAUUCCUUAGCAGAGCUCUAUUCUCUGCUCCAAGAGGAGGAUAUGUGGGCAGGCUUAUGGCAGAAGAGGUGCAAGUUUCCUGAGACUGCAACAGCGAUCGCCUACGAGCAGCAUGGCUUCUUCGAACAGGCCCAGGAAAGCUAUGAGAAAGCCAUGGAGAAGGCAAGAAAAGAACAUGAGAGGAGCAACAUCUCCCCAGCCAUUUUUCCUGAGUACCAGCUGUGGGAAGACCACUGGAUACGCUGUUCCAAAGAGCUGAACCAGUGGGAACCGUUGACUGAAUAUGGCCAGUCAAAAGGCCACUCAAACCCUUAUCUAGUCCUCGAGUGUGCUUGGAGGGUUUCAAAUUGGCCUGCCAUGAAGGAUGCUCUGGUACAGGUGGACAUGAGCUGUCCCAAGGAGAUGGCUUGGAAGGUACACAUGCACCGUGGCUAUUUGGCUAUCUGCAACCCAGAGGACCAGCAGCUCAACUUCAUAGAGCGGCAGGUGGAAAUGGCCUCUAGCCAGGCAAUUCGUGAGUGGAGGAGGUUGCCUCACAUUGUCUCCCAUGUGCACACGCCACUGCUGCAGGCUGCACAGCAGAUCAUUGAGCUGCAAGAAGCCGCCCAGAUAAACACAGGGCUUCAGCCUGCAAACCUGGGUCGCAACACCAGCCUCCAUGACAUGAAGACUGUGGUGAAAACCUGGAGAAAUCGGCUGCCUAUUGUUUCUGAUGACCUGUCCCACUGGAGCAGCAUAUUUAUGUGGCGCCAACACCACUACCAAGCCAUAGUGACAGCAUAUGAGACAAACACACAACAUGAUCCAAACAACAAUAAUGCCAUGUUGGGAGUUCAUGCCUCAGCUUCUGCUAUCAUUCAAUAUGGCAAGAUAGCUCGUAAGCAGGGCUUGGUGAAUGUGGCUCUUGACAUUCUGAGUCGCAUCCAUACCAUCCCUACAGUUCCCAUCGUUGACUGCUUUCAAAAGAUUAGACAGCAGGUCAAGUGUUAUUUGCAGCUGGCUGGUGUCAUGGGCAAGAAUGAAUGCAUGCAGGGUUUAGAGGUGAUCGAGUCAACCAACCUGAAGUACUUCACCAAAGAGAUGACAGCUGAGUUCUACGCUCUUAAGGGCAUGUUCUUAGCACAAAUCAACAAAUCAGAGGAGGCCAACAAGGCCUUUUCAGCAGCGGUACAAAUGCAUGACGUCCUGGUGAAGGCCUGGGCCAUGUGGGGAGACUACCUGGAAAACAUCUUUGUCAAAGAUCGUCAGCUCCACUUGGGAGUCUCUGCCAUUACCUGUUACCUCCAUGCGUGUCGCCACCAAAAUGAGAGCAAGUCCCGCAAGUACCUUGCAAAGGUGCUGUGGCUGCUCAGUUUUGAUGACAAGAACACACUGGCAGAUGCUGUAGACAAAUACUGUAUUGGAGUACCACCCAUCCAGUGGUUGGCAUGGAUACCUCAGCUUCUAACUUGCUUGGUUGGGUCAGAGGGGAAACCCCUUCUUAACCUUAUCAGCCAGGUGGGACGAGUGUACCCCCAGGCUGUCUACUUCCCAAUCCGCACCCUUUACCUGACUCUCAAGAUUGAGCAGAGGGAACGCUACAAAAGUGAUGCAUCUGGCCAGCAGCAACCCACUUCAGUAGGGGCCCAGCCUCACUCUGGGGCCUCUGAUCCGGGACCUAUCCGGGCCACUGCCCCAAUGUGGCGCUGCAGCCGGAUCAUGCACAUGCAGCGAGAGCUGCAUCCCACUCUGCUCUCCUCCCUGGAGGGCAUUGUGGACCAGAUGGUGUGGUUCAGAGAGAACUGGCAUGAGGAGGUCUUAAGGCAGCUCCAGCAAGGCUUGGCUAAAUGCUACUCUGUGGCCUUUGAGAAGAGUGGAGCAGUGUCUGAUGCCAAGAUCACACCACACACACUCAACUUUGUCAAGAAGCUAGUAAGCACCUUUGGUGUUGGCUUGGAGAAUGUCUCCAACGUUUCCACCAUGUUCUCAAGUGCUGCGUCUGAGUCGCUAGCCCGUCGAGCACAGGCCACAGCCCAGGACCCUGUUUUCCAGAAGAUGAAGGGACAGUUCACCACAGACUUUGACUUCAGUGUGCCAGGCUCCAUGAAGCUCCACAAUCUGAUCUCCAAGCUCAAGAAGUGGAUCAAGAUCUUAGAGGCAAAGACCAAACAGCUGCCCAAGUUCUUCCUAAUUGAGGAGAAGUGCCGCUUCCUCAGCAAUUUCUCUGCCCAAACUGCUGAGGUGGAGAUCCCUGGUGAAUUUCUGAUGCCCAAACCUACGCAUUACUACAUCCAGAUUGCCAGGUUCAUGCCUAGAGUGGAAAUUGUUCAGAAACACAACACUGCAGCACGUCGUCUGUAUAUCCGCGGACACAAUGGCAAGAUUUACCCAUACCUGGUGAUGAACGACGCCUGCCUGACAGAGUCGCGGCGAGAGGAGAGAGUCCUGCAGCUUCUCCGCCUCCUCAACCCCUGUCUGGAAAAGAGGAAGGAGACCACUAAGAGGCACCUCUUCUUCACUGUUCCUCGAGUGGUGGCAGUAUCGCCUCAGAUGCGACUAGUAGAAGACAAUCCCUCAUCUCUGUCACUCGUGGAAAUCUACAAACAGCGAUGUGCCAAGAAAGGCAUCGAGCAUGACAACCCCAUCUCGCGAUAUUAUGACCGCUUAGCUACCGUGCAGGCUCGAGGAACACAAGCCAGCCAUCAGGUCCUGAGGGACAUCCUUAAAGAGGUCCAGGGCAACAUGGUUCCUCGCAGCAUGCUGAAGGAGUGGGCCCUCCAUACAUUCCCCAAUGCUACAGAUUACUGGACCUUCCGGAAGAUGUUCACCAUCCAGCUGGCCCUCAUUGGUCUGGCUGAGUUCAUGCUUCACCUCAACAGGCUCAACCCCGAGAUGCUGCAGAUAGCACAAGACACAGGCAAGCUGAAUGUGUCUUACUUCCGCUUUGAUAUCAAUGACGCCACAGGCGACCUGGAUGCCAAUCGUCCUGUUCCAUUCCGCCUGACGCCAAACAUCUCUGAGUUCCUGACCACCAUCGGCGUCUCUGGCCCGCUCACCGCCUCUAUGAUUGCAGUGGCACGAUGCUUCGCUCAGCCAAACUUUAAGGUGGAUGGCAUCUUAAAGGCAGUUCUUCGUGAUGAGAUCAUAGCAUGGCACAAGAAGACCCAAGAGGACACGUCCAUUCCUCUGUCCCCAGCUGGCCAGCCUGAGAACAUGGACUCCCAGCAGUUGGUCUCGCUGGUCCAGAAGGCUGUCACAGCCAUCAUGACCCGCCUCCACAAUCUGGCUCAGUUCGAGGGAGGAGAGAGUAAGGUCAACACCCUGGUGGCUGCAGCAAACAGCCUGGACAAUCUGUGCCGCAUGGAUCCUGCCUGGCACCCCUGGCUCUGAGAGCAGCGAUGACACAGUUGACUUAAUGAGAUGCAAGACGAACCUGUUUUUGCAUAUCUGACUAACACAGAUAAGGGCUGUGACGUGUCUCACUGUUACUGAAGCCUGAUGGACUUCUGUUUGCUGAAAUUCUCUGAAUUUAUUAAGAUCGUGGAAUUAAGCAGAAAAAAAGCCCCUGAUGUUGUGUACUGAGCUAUUAUGCGCUACACUGCUGGACUGAUUUUUGUGUUGUUUUAUGAAAAUACAUGUUUUUUCUUGAAUUCAUAUUUAUUUUUAUAAUGUAAAGACAGAACCUGUUUGUGAUGCUAGUUGUGCUGUCUUCAGUAUGACAGAGAGACAGAACAUAGAUUUGAGCCAGUCUUAUGGUUCUUUAUUUAAGAAAUGGGAAAUCUGUUGUUUUUCUAGUUACUUCUGUCUUAUCUUUUACAAGCAUCAAGAGCUUAUUCCACUUUGUUUUUUUCCUGCUGAAAUAUUCUUCUAAAAUGAGUAUUUUUAUGCAACUAGUUUAUUUUGUUCCUGCAAAAUUAGGAAUGUUGAGAAUUACAAAUGAUUUAGAUUUUUUUUAAAGUGUGUGAAUGAUUCUGUUACAAAGCCAUUUUACUAUCAGUCAUGCCGGUUGACCCUGUAAUAAGUUCAUAGUUGCAAUGCAAACAUGUCAAUCUCAAGCUCACUGUGUUUGCAUAUUCCUCCCUAUUUUGUAAAGGUAUUUUAACCUUUUCAAACAGAAGUAUUGUCUCUUGCCUUGUAAAUAAGCGUUUUGUUGUAAUAAAAUGCUCUUUUACUAUA